GUUCAAAUCGAGCUGCGAAUACCUUACACGCAAGUGAAAAUAAAGCUACAAAAUAAAAAUAAAUAAUAUUAUAUUGCCUCGAAAACAACUUGACUGUGGUGAAUUUAUAGAUAUUAUUUAUUAGCUGUAUGAUGGCUGAUAAAGAACAAGUUAUUCAAGCAUUGAGAGCUACUUUAAUCUCGGUAAAAGGAGCAAUUACAUUGAAGCAAUGCAAUCGAGAUUACAGAGAACUGGAAGGUGAAUGGAUACCUUACAGAAAGUUAGGCUUUACUUCACUGGAAAAGUUAUUUCAUGAGGUUCCCGGUUUUGACAUAAGAGAGGUGAAUGGAGAAUGGUAUGUUGAUGCCAUUCCUAGCCAGGAGACUAAGCACAUAGCUAUGAUGGUGGCAUGUCAAAAACCAAACAAAAAAUCAGGAGCAAAGUUGGGUCAUUCAAGCCGUUUUCCAAAAAAGCAAGGUUCAUGGAGGAAGCCAUUUCCUCCUCGAGUAUCCCAUUACAAGUCAGAUUAUUCGAAUACUUACCAACAUCAUAUUAUACCAUCCUUCAAUAAUAAUGACUAUGCCAAGAAGCCAUCAAGAUAUUAUGUCAAUGUGAAAACGAACGAAACGAAAAAUUCUUUUACGAAAACCAACGACAGUAGUGAAAAAGAAGGGUUGAAUACAAUUAAAAAUUACCAAACGAAUACUCAACUCCAGGUUUCUGCAGUUGAAGAGUAUAAGCAUUCCACAAAAAAUGUUAAAGAGACUGAAAUAAAAAGCAGUGGAAAGAUGUCCGCUUCACAACGGUUAUCAAAGUUACGAGAUAGACUGAAUCCAGUGGAUUGUAUACCUUUGCAGAUGCCUGCUCACAGCGAACAAGUUAAAACUGAAGACAAGGAUGCUGUUAGUCACGUGGUGUCGGCUUGUAAUGUAGAACCGCCUCCAGACUUGACAUCACCUAUUGCGAUACUUGAAUGGACUUGUAAGAAAUUGUGUCUGCCUCAACCAGUCUACAAAGUAUCUGACCUGAAAACAAAAGGUGUACCAGUGACUUAUCACUGUAAAGUGACGGUUGGAGAUACUUAUUCUGCCAGUUCGUAUCCUGACUCGUCGCCGUCCAAAGAGGGCGCGAUGGAGGUGGCAUCAGUAAAACUGCUAAAAGAGAUGGAGAGUUUGAACAGAGGUGGCCUGCUUACCUCGUCGAACGCAAAGGCCUUGGCUGGCUUGGUUGAGAUAGUGUCCGAACACGAGGCUGGCAUUUGGGCUACUAGUGUCCCUAAUUUAUACAGGGCCAAAUACAACGAAAAUUUACCAUCCAACUGGCUGGAGCUGGUGGAGAACAGUCCGAAAAUCAUUAAAGACAGGCUUGUUAAUGACUAUGUGCUUCUACCAAGUAACAAAGAGGUGCCGUCUUUUGCCGAUGAUCUGACCGAUGAAGACCUGCCGCCUUUACAGUUUCCUGAUGAUGACUUUUGGAACGUGUUUAUAACGGUAGCGAACUCAACCUUAGAAGUGUGGGUCCGGAUCAUUGGACCUGAAUAUAGUGAUUCUUUUGAACUCUUGCUUGCCGAAAUGUCUCGGUACUAUGAACACUAUGGUACUGCAGUUGAUGAGGCAUUGAUCUCACAAAAUGCUUGGUAUGCAGUUAAGCUCGAAGAGGGCGGUUGGCAACGAGCAAAGGUGUUGGAAAUAGAGAAGAACACCGCGACCGUGUUCCUGGGAGACCAUGGCGAUGACGACACCGUGGACCUGAGCGAGAUUAAGGUUCUUGAGCGUCAGUUCCGACAGUUACCAGCUCAAGCGGUGCUGUGCCGGCUGGAGGGCGCCGAGGAGCUGGCAGCGAGUGCGGCAGGCAGCAGCCUGGCUCGCACGCGGCUGGUGGGUGAGGUCCUGGUGGCAGCGCCGGGCCCGCGAGCUGAUCCCACCGACCCCGCCGUGCCGCUGGUACUCUACGACACGUCCACGCACCGCGACCUCGACCUCAACAAGGAGAUCGUACACGACUUCUGCAUGGCCGGCGCCUUCGCGAUCACGCAGAACUGGUGCGAGGUGGAGGUGGCCUGCGUGACAGACGAGGGCCGCGUGUGGGUCGCGAGCGCAGCGGGUGCGGCCACUGUUCGUAGCGCGCUGGCGCUGCUGACUGCGGGCCCGUACCGCCGACCGCUUCCCGCCGCACCCCCCGCGCCGCCGCCGCUGCAUGCGCUCUACAUCGUACGCACCAAGGCCGGCGAUUGGGUUCGGUGCACCAUCAUCAGUGGGCUGGACGGCGAGGGCACGGUACGCACGCAGCUGGUGGACAGUGGGCUGAUCCUGCGCGCUCCGCUCUCCUCGCUCGUGCCGCUCAACACUUUCUCUCCGGCACUCAAUGCGUACCCCCAUCAGGCGAGUCUGGUGCGACUGGGCGAGGCGGAGCGUGCGGCGGCCGGUAUGGUGGACCGGCUGCGGGAGCUGCUGGUGGGUGCGCAGGUCCUGUGCCGCGCACUGCCCGCCCCGCCGCAGACCACGCCCAGUGCCCCGCCCAGUGCCCCGCCCGCCUCGCACGCCGAGUUGUUCGUGCGCACGGGCCCGCAGCGAAUCCUGCUAUCCGUCAACAACACCAUACAGAUGGAAUACGACUUUCUACACAGCGUCAAGAUAAAGGAGGAAGCGGACGAGACGACGAACCACGUGGAGGUGUUGAACAAGAAGAAGGAGCGGAUAUACCGCAGCCGCUCGGGAGGCGGCGGAGCGGCGGGGGACGCGAGGUCGUCGCUACCCGCACCAGAGCUACCUGCGCCCGGCGAGUACUUCGACGUGCAUGUCGCAAUGGCGGCCAAUCCCUGGAACAUUGUCGUGCAGCCAAUCAACACUAAAAAUACAUUACAAUUGAUGAUGUCAUCGUUACAAGAAGAAUGUCCCAAAUUACCUGAAAGCGACGCUCCUGCCAACCCGGCCAGCGGAGAACUGUACACUGCUUAUUACGAUAGAGACGACUCUUGGUACAGGGUGACAGUGGCGGCGUGUGUGUCGGCGGGCAUGGUGUCCGUGUACUUCUGCGACUUCGGCGACCUGGCCGUGCUCAGCUCGCGGGCGCUGCGGCCCGUGCCCGGCGCCGUGUCGCUGGCGCGCUCGCUGCCGCCGCAAGCCAUCAAGGCCCGCCUCUAUGAUGUUUAUCCAAUUCACCAAGACUGGUCAGUAGAAGACUGCCUAAGAUUCCAAGAGAUCUGUGUCGACCAUGAGUUUGUUGGAGUUUGCAAGGAUGUGGGCAAAAAUCCGCUGAACCCGAAAGAACCGAUGCUCACCUUGGACCUCAUCGACACUUCCACUUCCGAAGACGUCUAUUUGAACAAACAGCUGGUGGAUGAGGGCAGGGCUAGACUCUAUUCCACAUCUUAAAGAACAACUGAAUAAUGGAACGAAAAACCUAACGGUUUUCUCUUACGUCAUUGAAGAGAAGAUUUGUUGAUUGUUUUAAAUAAUUUGCUCAGAAUAUUCUGGAUCGUUCAACUGAUCAAGUGAUUUGUCAAUGUUUGUAUGACAUUAUGUCACACCAUACUGAUGACUAAGCAUUAUUUUUAUUCGCUUUGCGCGGCCAUUUUGUUGAAUUAUAUCCACAAAUCACAACUGAUUUAUUAAUGAGCAAAGUAAUUAUUUUUGUACCUCACAAUUUGUAAAAUACUGAAUAUUUGUUGCAAUAAAACUAAACUUAAACAAAUACUUUCUGUAAAAUCAUAAAAUUUAUUAUUUUUUUACUAUUUUUCAUGUAAGUCAUGCGUUGACAGUAUUUAUUUAUUUCUAGUUUCGGUGUUAAUGGAACUUUUAUAACAACAUACCAAUGUUCAUAAUUAUAACGGCCGGUCAGUUGAAAGCGUUUGUCCUGUCCUAAAAGAGGAUUUGGAUAAACAUUGAAAUCAACGUCCCGGUAUGUUGGAGUCCCCGCCCACUACCAUAUCCACGUGGGAAGGUGUCGUACAUUUAAUAAUAUCUUAAAUAUAAUCUCAUAUAGUCAUUAUAAGUACAUAAUAAUAAUAAUUAUGUAUGCAUUAAUACUUUCUGUGUAUAUUGUAUGAUUUAUAAGACUGGACUGUAUAUGAUUUAAGAUUAACUUGAAUGAUGUGUUGUCUGUUAAUUAUUCACGCCUUAAACACGACUUUAAUCGAUUUGAUACUAAAAGGCAGCAAAUAUAUUGUAACACAAUACGGUAUUAGAAUAGUACUUUAACAUAAUAUUCCAGUGCCCGAAUUGACCCACGCACACAAACACAAGAUUACUAUAGAAAUACUAGCUGACCCAGCAAACGUUGUAUUGCCGAUAUUAAAAUCGCGAUACAAAAUUUACUGUUGAUCGUAGAUGGGUGGAAAUUUAAAGUUGUAUAUAUUUUUUAAUGCUGACAUAAAAAAUGUCAAAAAAAUUAAAAAAAAAAAAUCGUGUGGACCACCCUUAACAUUUAGGGGGAUGAAAAAUAGAUGUCUGAUUCUCAGACCUACCCAAUAUCCACUCAAAAUUUCAUGAGAAUCGGUCAAGCCGUUUCGGAGGAGUUCAAUGUUUAACACUUUUAUAUAUUAAUUAACUUUUAUAUAUGAAUUUUAUAUAUUAGAUUAAAUCGACCUGUGUGAGUGUGUGUGUGAGUAAUGUGUAUCUAGGUAGUGAUUCUAUUCUAUUAAAGUAAUGACCACAACAACGUUUCUAAAAAAAUGUUCAUAGUCGUUAUCAAACAUCAUCUCUACUAUGAUCAUCCAUUUUUUUUAAUAUGAGAUCCUAAAUAAUUUAACAAUAGAUAUAAAAUGUUGGUAAAGUUUACUACAACAUAAAGGACUCUUAAUGAAACCACAGAUUAGGAAUGGAGCGACCGCCCUUAGGCUAUUUAAUUUUCCUUUUUUUAUUGCCAGUUUCUUGCGCCUGUUUUUCCGCCCAGGUCUGAGCAUAUAUUCUUGAAUGGGUGAUAGAUUUUGACGUUCAAUGUGUUAUAAAAAUAUUACAAUUUGCAUCUGCAAAACUGUUUUUUUUAAAGAGCAAGGUUUGAAUUUUUUUUAAUAUCAAAUUCAGCCAGAACGUAGUAGUCGACACAAUUACAUACUAAUUGCUACUAUUCCAUUGAAGGUUACGAAAUUUGUUUAAAACUUUUUUUUACAAUGGCAAAUUGAUUGAAACAGUAUUUUGUUUAAGCCUGGUGGCCUCAUUGCCUCUAAAUAAAAUAAUACUAAUUUGUUGUACCAAUGCUUUAUUUUACAUUUAUAAAUGUAAACACGAUGUGUUGUAAAUACGUUUCCACUCGUUGUGGAUCUUUAGUUUAUUUUUAUAAUCUUUUAAAAUUAUACUAAAAUAUAUUAGGAAUGUAGAAUCUAGUUCGGUCUAAUCCGGCUCAUAUUGAUGUUCAGUAACAAAUACUGUUAUAAAGACUGAGAUACAUGUGCCUGUGGAGUCAAUGCAAAGUCUCGUCUGUUCUUAGCUCUUUUAUUUGGCGCCAAAAAUCGGAUAACUACGCGACAACCUGCGAAUAUUAUGGGAAUCGAUUCCACAUUCGCUUUCUCGUGAUUGUCUCGCUUUCUCGCGAGAUUCGCCCGUGAAGUGGAGCAGACUUUAUAAAACAAUUAUUUGACUUUGUCUUUUUGGAUUUGUUGUAAGUCCCGUUCUGUUUGAAGUCGAAAUUUAUAUCGAUCUGUAAUCUAUCAAUAUUGUGGGAAUCCUUAUCAUGGCCGCAUUAUUUCGGGUCAGUGUCCACUUUCACGCCAAUUUAUAUUUAUUUAUCUAAGUGGUUGAUUCGUAUGUGGACAUAUGAUCCGUGUUUGUUACAACAGCAGUUUGUAAGUGUCUAAACUCUAAAGCUACCUUGCAUUUUUAGCAACACUAUAUUAUGUGGAUGUCAAGGUAGUUAAUGGCUCGUAAUAAGUAUUUAGUUAUCUUGGCGCAGCACCUUUUCUUAUAUAGUCUAAGAGACGUGUCGACUCUCCUACUUUUUGUGAAGGGUUAAUUAGUUGGCUUAUCAGAGAUUGCAACAUAUUCAAGCCAUGCAAACGAUAUUUAUAGAUAUAUAUUUUUACCAACCUUAAAUCAAAAUAAUACAUUUAGGUUAAACCGCAGCAAGUACCUAUCAAUCAAGUAAACACGCAAGUGGGUUCAAAGGUGAUUUGGCAACAUGAUAAUUGUAUGUGGAAAUCAAUUUGGCCACAUUGAAUUUAUAUACGAAAGGAUUUUUUAAGUUUUUUUUAUACACUCUAGUAGUAGUACGGGGGGGGGGGGGAGGGAUUUGCCCUGACACUUUGUAUACCCUCACUGCUAGCCCUGGAAUGUAACAUUGUUGUCACAUUACUACUACUAGUGUGUAAAACUUACAGAAUCCUUUCGUAUAUAAAUUCAUUGUGGCCAAUUGAUUUAAAACGGAAAUUUCAAUUUAUAGCUGUUCAGUGUGCUAAAUGUAAUAACAGAUUAUUACAUAUUAAACAGAAAUAAUUGAGUUGUUGCUAUGAGUAAGAUUUCUUAUGUUUCCAGUAAAUUAAUGUUAAUGAAGCUGUAAGCAAUUUAGAACGGGUUAUCACCUCCGUAUAGCUAUAAUACUAGGUAUUACCUAUGUGAAGUAACUCCAAUCCUUUUCAUGGAGAUUUUCUUUUUUAUACAUCGUUAUUUUAAAAAUUAAAUUAUUAAGUUAGGCUGUUUUUUGUGGAAAUUCAUAAUUAAAUCCGCUAAGAUUCGUCUUCAAUCAAUUCGACACGUGAGAUCCUCGGGAGAUGUUGACUCGCCAAAUUGUGGCACGAGUCGCGACAUUUAGUGAACACAUUUUUGAAAAGUUAAAUAAAUUAAUCACCAAAUGGAUUCCUACAUUGAUACACACACUUACACAAGAUUUUUGGAAAGUUGAUAGUAUUUUAUAAUUUUGUUACAAUCCAGUAAAAAAAUCUGACUGAAUCUACGAUCUCCUAUUUUACAUAACGAGACCGUAUUUUUUUGUUAUAGGUAUUUAUUUGUUUUCAUUUAACCAUCUUAUUUAUUUAGUGUUGUUGAUAGAUGUUAUGAGAGUUGUUUCUAAGUCAAUUUCCGAGAGACGAUGUUUCGUUGUGCUUUUGUUAUAUUUUAUCAUUAAUUUUAUGUGUGCUUAAUUGUGUUAUGGCUGAAAGUUAAAGAAAUAGUCUCCUGUUUUAGAAGUUAAAUUUAAUUAAUCAGUAAAUUACCUAAUUCGUAUUUCAAAUAGUUUUGCCAGUUAUACUUGGGUAUCUUUAAAAAAAUAAACUUCAUUAAAAGAAAAAAAAUACUCAUUUACUGUCUCCGGAUCAACAAAUUAUUGAUGUUGGAUGAGAGUAGAAUAAAAAGGAAAGGAUUGUUUUGUAUCGUUAAAGUGUUUUUUUUAUUAAUAAUUUAUUAUGCAAGAAUACGUAGGAGAUAAAUUAGAUUCACUAGGUUAUUGGCUUUUUCAGAAUAUGAAAACUUGUAUUCCAUAUGAUAUGUACCUAGAAUAAAAAACUCACUUACGGCCGUUUCCAAUAUACUAUCUACAAAUAAAGAUAAAUUACUACCUACUACUGUCAGUAAUUAGAUGUCAAUAAUCUGAAGCUGUCCCAAUAUGCCCGAUAUGUCAUUCUUAUCGCCUUAUAUUGGGACGCGUGAAUUGCAAUUUCCAUAUAAACUUCUAUCGCUGGUAAGCUAUACGUCCUUCCAUUGACAGACGGCGUGUACGGAUAAGUCAACGAUAGUUACGAUUUUUAUCUCAAGUAGGCCACAACCGGAGAUAGACUGAAUAUUGGGAACGGCCGUUAAAGUGUAGUAUAGCUCUGUAAGUAACAGUUAAACGUCAAUAUUCCAUUAUAUAAACAUCGCUAUGGUAAUUGUACUGGCUAUAUCUGCAAUCCAGCUCAGUACUGAUAUAAUAAACAAAGCUUGUAUCACA